UUGCUGUGAGCCAAAAGCAACCCAAAGACUGUUUCGAUGGAAGGCCAUCGCAUCGCCAGUCAAACACCCAACUCUCAGUUUUUCACCAAGUGAUCCGUUUUACCGACCUCAUAGGGGAGAGCGAUCUUGAGACACGGAUAUCAACGCUAGAUAUCUGUAUCAAAAAAAUCCUGCAGCAGCCAAAUGAGUGGAUCCUCGUCAAGCUGGACUUUAGCACCAAAGCCGCUGGCCUCAAAGCGAGGAACUUCAGAUUCCAUUAAUCGCGCCACAGCUCUUUCGCACAUACAGAGAUAUCCGCAGCCGCAGCUCCCAGCAAUUGCCCAGCCCCAAAACUCAUCAGCAUUGUUGACCAGCUUCCCAUCGUCGAUUUACUGCUACAACCAGCCAGAGAGUUCAACCCAUGCUGCAUUCCAGAAAACCCUAGGACGUCACCAUUACCGCUUACCCAAAGCAAGUCGCAUCCCAGCCGUAUUCGAAGGGAAGAGAUUCCGUAGUGGAAAAUGGAUUUCUGAAGAGGAAACGUACGCCGACGUAUUGAUUGAUUUGUUCCAAAAAGGUCGAAUAAAAGACUGCGAAAAUGGAACUACGUUGCGCGCUUUCCUAGGCCAGAAACUGCAUUGUGCUCCUAUGCGGAUAUCAAAAAAAUACGCUGGCAAAGGGAUCGGCAAAAUGAUAUAUCUUUUGAAGCGCACAGGUGUUGUGGAUGUCUCAGAAGACGACCAAGCUCAAUCUGAUAAACAAUUGAAGGACGCGGAAGAUGAGUUCUACAAGGCUGUCGUUCCGGGGAUUGAGCUCUCGAAGAAAUACCCUUCUCAUACCGGAAGCGUUAUACCCACAUUCAGAGGGCUUGCUCCUUUGAUUCCCCCCGGUAUAAUCCCAUAUCAGCUCCCGUCAUAUGGAAGCAAUCCUUCUGCUUGCCCUGCUCUUGAAAACGCAGAUUCUCCUUUAGAGACAGCCGAUCACACUAAGCAGUUGCACUUGUCGUAUCUCCACGCGUUGCAGCAAACAAAUGAGUCGUUGGCCACUGCUGGACCAAAAGACUUGAUGGACCCGGCUUUGAAGAAAACAAUUCCUAUGCCAUAUGCAUGGCCUCUGCAAGUACUACCUACACCAACUGCUUCUCUGACAGUCUCGAAGCCAUGUCAAAGAUCGCAAAGUAUUGCCACGGAGAUACCCGCAACAGCCAAUUCUAGUGGCCCGCACUCCUUGCCAGAAUUUACUGACUUUCUCUCGGUCUUUGACAGUGUUACCAAAGAGGAGGGAUCUAGAGUAACUGGGAAGGAAUGCUUUCCUGAAGUAGCCAUGCAUACAGCACCGCAGUAUUCUCCCCCUUUUACAAGCCGAUCUUUUGAUGAUUUACAUCGCUUUCUCGGAAAAGAUUUAGAAGACAAUAGCAACCUAUCGCUGCCACUACAAGCUCAGGAGGAGACAGUCGUUCCAUGUGGAACGCUUUCGCCAAAGGCUAACAAUGACAUUGAGCCUAAAGUCACGAAUCUCGACACAAUGGCUUUAUUCAGCGCCGAUUCAUAUGCAAUGUUUGCACAAGAGUCGGCACUUGCCAUGAGCCAGCAUUCAGCAUACCUUCAUCCGUCAACGGACGAUGUGAGCAAAAUUGAUACAUCUGGACUGGAUACCAUUGUCAAAGAACAUUAUGGUCUGAUGAUGAGAAAUGAGGUAAACAACUAUCUACAUACAUUUCAAAAUCAAAACCCAGAAGAAGAACCCAGACCUUCCCCUGCUACCCAGAUAAAGUCAAGUAUUAUGGUUGAAGGGACGCAGCAAGCGACACAACCAGGCUCGUAUUUGUGCUACAAUGCCCCACAGUCGUCGUCAACAUACAGAAAAGCUGUGGGAAAUCCAUUGACUCGUUUUGCUCCCAUGAGUCGAUUGUUUGUAGACAAACACGACAAAUCUGCAAUCGUGAGUGGAAGUGAUGCGUCCAUCUCUGCAACGGAUUUUUCAUCCACAGAAGGAACGUCUGGAAGUGGCGCGAGCUCUGGAUACUCUGACGGUACCUACAAUGAAUCCGAGACAGGCAGCUCGGAUGGAACCUCUGACGAGGGCCGUUGUUUCAAGAAGAGACGUCAUUCUGUUCUAUUGAAAGAGCCCUCUGAAAGCUAAAGAGUGGCUUUGCUAAACGCUAUCGAUACACGAUUAAUAAGAAUCAUAUGGAAUCAAAGCAUCUAAACAAUUUACAGUCAAUG